CUGAGGCAGCAGGACUGGAGCAAACCCCAGCAGUCUCAGCCUCAUGCUUCAUCCUGGGCACUUCUCCUCCUCCUCCUGUCCGCUGUCGACAAUAUUGUGACAAUAUUUAUUUUUUAUUUGUAUUAUUUAGCCACAAAAAAAACACAAAAAGAAAGUGGAGGGGGGGAGAAGUGGGCCGAGUCAUGGAGCUUUAUUGCAUGGAGUCGGACAUAGCCGUGAGAGCCCAGCCUGACCCAAACAUACUCUAUGAUGACAGAGUGUUGCAAAGUUUAUUAACAAUUGAGGACAGGUUUUUACCUCAAUGCUCUUAUUUCCAGCGGGUCCAGAAGGAUAUUCAACCUUAUAUGAGACGAAUGGUUGCAGGUUGGAUGCACGAGGUGUGUGAGGAGGAGAAGAGUAAUGAGGAUGUCUUCCCUUUAGCCAUUAAUUAUUUGGACAGAUUUUUAGCGGUGAUGCCCACAAGAAAGAGUUAUUUGCAGCUUCUGGGAGCUGUGUGCAUAUUUCUGGCCUCCAAGUUAAAGGACUGCAGACCGCUAUCUGCAGAAAAACUUUGCAUGUACACAGACAACUCCAUCUCACCACGAGAACUGCUGGACUGGGAGCUGGUCGUGCUGGGGAAGUUGAAGUGGAACAUGGCCUCAGUCAUCCCCAAUGAUUUCAUAGAGCACAUCAUACGCAGGCUGCCCCUUCCCAAAGACAAGCUGCCGAUGGUCUGCAAACACACGCAGACAUUCAUUGCCCUCUGUGCCACAGAUGACCGCCUUGCCAUGAACCCUCCUUCCAUGAUCGCCACUGGCAGCAUGGGAGCCGCUGUCUGUGGCCUGCAGCUGGACCACAGUGACCCGAGGCUGAGUCGAGACAACCUGACAGACCUACUGGCCAAGAUCACCAACACAGAGGUGGAUUGUUUGAGGGCGUGCCAGGAGCAAAUAGAGCGUGUGCUGGCCACCAGCCUGCAGCAGGGCCAGCAGUACCGGCGAGAGAACGGCAUCAGAGCAGGCAACAAGGCGAGGGAGCAGCAAGACCAGUCCAGCACCCCCACAGAUGUACGUGAUGUCAACUUAUGAACUCCCAUCACCACCCGACUCGCACACACCGCUCUGUUUUACCAAUGAACUAACGGGAGCGAAGGACGCAAGCGAGUAUCUACAUCAAGGGGCCAACAUUGAGCGAUGGUUGUGACAAUCUAUGAACUUUUAGAAAAUAUGAAAUUUCUAGUUUUUCUCCUUCUUUUUUUUGUUGCCCCAUUCAUACCCGGUCGGGUGUACGUCUCACCUCUCUGUACGGGCCUCAUGUAAUCAAACGGGCUAUUUAAAAAAGAAAAAAAAAAAGAGAAAAUAAUCUUUGAAAACGUGAUCGUGCCUUCGGUCCCCCGACACGGAGACCUGAAUAUAUUUUUCAUACUUGAAAAAAAAAAACCUGCAUAAUUAUAUGAAAUAUACUUUUUUUAUUUUAUACAACCUAGUAAAAAUAAAUAUGAUAAAUAUUGUAUAUUUAGCUAGCAUUUAGUUAUGUUACUCUUUUAUCAUCUUUAGUGAGCAGUUAUUAAUUCACAGUUUUAAUGGGUUUCCUCACCGUUGCAGGAAAACUCCCAUCGUAGUGAUUGAAACGCUGAUAAUAAAUACAGCACAUUUAAACUAAGCUGAUAUCCAGUCAGAGGAGCUCUCUAUCUAUCUAUCAUACUGUGCACCUGUAGCACUGCUUACUAUUUAUGCUGAUAAGUGCUGGCCAGGAGUGGGCUGGGCCCGCUCACAGAGGAAGGACAUGAGGGGCUUUGAGGUCUGGAGCAGUGGCUACUGUUAAAGGUCAACACGGAGGACAAGGUCAGUUAUUAAGGUCUUGAUUUCACUGCCAAAUCCACGGACCAGUACAGUAUGUUAAUACGAUGAUAUGUAUUAUAAUUCAGCAAGGCAACAUUGUUAUUGUUCUGUUCUAGGUCUAUCUCCGACAUGUUAGUGUUUAGUGAUGGUUUGCAGGCAAUUUUAGCCUCUGCUAGGUAGUACUGAUGUCAUAUUGCGAGAGGAAAAAGGAGAUUUGGAAGGUUUUUACCAGGUUUAGAGGAAAUGGAUGCAGGUUGAAGGUUUUCUUGUGAGGUUUUGGAAAAGAAACGCAUGUGGAAUAGGGGUGCUAGAAGUCAGGAUUGAUGAAUAAUAGCGAAUUGGCGAGGCGAACUUAAGCUAUGUAAUGUUUCUGCAGUUGCACGAGUGACACAAUGUAGGUGGAAGAAUCCCC